ACCAAAUUCAGUACUCUCCACUCACCUUCACCACUAAGACCUUGAAUUUAUCCACUCAAAGCUUUAAGAAGCCAUGCAGCCUGGGGAGGUCACAGGGCUCCAUUAUCUAGUUCCUUCAAGUUCAUCAUCUCCCUACCCUCCUCAUUUUAGCAUGAGCACUCAAAGCAACACCACCCCAUUUCAAUUCAACCGGUUUUCGAGCCCAUUAUACAAUAUACAAUUCCCUAACUCCCAUCUUCAAGAAAUUAAUAAUCCACAGCAACCAUCUUCUUUCAGCAGUAACUCAACUUCUGAUGAAGCUGAUGAGCACCAGCUAAGUCUCAUCAAUGAGAGGAAACAGAGAAGAAUGAUAUCUAACAGAGAAUCUGCCCGCAGAUCACGUAUGCGCAAGCAGAAGCACCUGGAUGAACUCUGGUCACAAGUGGUUUGGCUCAGAAAUGAGAAUCACCAACUUGUGGAUAAGCUGAACCAUGUUUCAGAGUCCCAUGACAAGGUUCUGCAGGAGAAUGCUCAGCUCAAAGAGCAAGCUUCUGAGCUUCGCCAAAUGCUCACUGAUCUGCAACUGCAUAGUCCUUACCAUCCUUCACUUAGAGACCUGGAGGAUGUUCCUUGCAACACAGCUUAUCUGAGAUCCGAGUCCUCGAACCAGUCCAUCACAAGUUCAAUGGAUUUACUAGGCUAAUACUGAUGGAGAAUAAAUUUUAUCAUUUUCCCAAUUUUCCCAUUUUCAAUGUAUGGUGAUCUUCUGUUUGUAUAGAAGUCAACCAGUCCUUGCCUCACUUUUAAUAUGUAUCAGGAU